GGUGUUAGUUGGUGUAUGUGUAUGCUCAAGAACUGUCAACGUGUGUGCGCUCUGACUCGGCACACCUUAUAUCUAAACUGCUUCAGUCAGCGACUCCGACACAUUCAUAAGGUAAGCGCAGCUGCCAACAGCAGCAUGGAAAAAUUUGAUCUACCCAAGCGCCUUCAGGGCAGCACGCCCAGCGUAUGGAACGAAUAUAUUGCAUUAGCCAUGCAGUACAAGCCACUUAAUCUAGGCCAAGGAUUUCCGGAUGAUGCUGCACCAGACUAUGUCACCAAUUCGCUGGCGGAUAUUGCCAAGGAUGAGAACCCGUUGCUGCAUCAGUACACUAGAGGAAAUGGUCAUGUUCGCCUGGUGCAGGCACUGUCCAAGCUCUAUAGCGGCCUCGUUGGCAAAGAGCUGAAUCCGCUCAGCGAUAUUCUGAUUACUUCCGGCGCCUAUGAGGCACUCUACUCCACCAUAAUGGGACAUGUAGACGAGGGUGAAGAGGUCAUUAUUAUUGAGCCCUUCUUCGAUUGUUAUGAGCCCAUGGUCAAAAUGGCCCGAGGUGUUCCUCGUUUCAUUCCACUGAAAUUGCGAAAGAAAGACGGACCGAUUAGCUCCGCCGACUGGGUCCUGGAUGAUCUUGAAUUAGAGAAAAUGUUCAAUGAGAAAACAAAGAUGAUCAUAUUGAACACCCCGCAUAAUCCCAUCGGUAAGGUCUUCCAUCGCCAGGAACUGGAGCGCAUAGCCGCAUUGUGUCGCCAGUGGAAUGUUCUCUGCGUGUCGGAUGAGGUCUAUGAGUGGCUUGUCUUUGAUGGUGUCGAGCAUGUGCGCAUUUGCACUUUGCCUGGAAUGUGGGAUCGCACGAUUACGAUUGGUUCGGCAGGUAAAACCUUUUCGGUAACUGGCUGGAAAAUUGGCUGGGCCUAUGGACCGCAUCACCUGAUUAGAAACUUGCAAAUGGUUCAUCAGAACUCGGUUUACACGUGCCCGACACCACUGCAAGAGGGCGUGGCGCGCAGCUUUGAGGUGGAAUUGGCACGACUGGGAAAGCCAGAAAGCUAUUUUCUCUCCCUGCCCCGCGAGCUGCAGCCCAAGAGAGAUUUUAUGGCCAAGUUUCUGAGCGAUGCGGGCCUGCGACCCACAAUACCAGAGGGUGGCUACUUUAUGGUAGCUGAUUGGUCGCCGUUGGCAUCGAAGCUCGACUUGAGCUCCGAGGUGGACAAGUAUCGCGACUAUAAAUUCACCAAGUGGAUGACAAAAAAUAUGGGUCUGCAAGGCAUACCGCCCAGCGCCUUUUACAGCGAGCCCAAUAAACACUUGGGGGAGGACUUUGUGCGAUAUUGCUUCAUAAAAAAACAAGCGAAUCUAGACAAGGCAGCUGAGUUGCUCAAGAAAUUGAACUAAACUGUGUUUAUAGUACAACUAUGCAUUUAUUUGUUAUGCCAAUAAACGAAUUUGUUUUGAAA